AUGGCUACUUCGAAGUUGCCAGCGGUGCCCGGGGAGGAGGAGAACACCAUCCUCAUGGCCAAGGAAGAGCUGGAGGCCCUGCGCACCGCUUUUGAGUGGGGUGACAUCCCCCAGGCCGCCUCCUGCCUCCGGGAGUUGCUGGCGUCUUCCGAGAGCACUCGGCUGGAGGUGGGGUCCCUCAUUAACGCCCUCCGCGGCCUGGGCGCCGAGGAUCCCGGCGCGGCCCUCACUGGCGUCAUAGAGACCACGAUGCAGCCCUCGCCCUACCCGCACCCGCGGUUUCCAGACGUGACCCUGUGGGACCUGCCCGGGGCCAGCUCUCCGGGCUGCCCGGCCGACAAGUACCUGAAGCAGGUGGACUUCGGCCGCUAUGAUUUCUUCCUGCUGGUCUCCCCCCGCCGCUGCGGCGCCGUGGAGACCCGCCUGGCCUCCGAGAUCCUGCGCCAGGGCAAACAGUUCUACUUCGUGCGCACCAAGGUAGGCGAGGACCUGGCGGCGCCGCGCGCCCAGCCACCCUCGGGCUAGCCGGCCGGCCUGCAGGAGAUCCGCGAGCACUGCGCCGAGCGCCUGCGCGGGGCCGGCGUGAACGACCCGCGCGUCUUCCUCGGGUCCAGCCUCUCUCGCGAGCGCUACGACUUCCCGCUGCUCGUGUCCACCUGGGAGCACGGUCUGCCCGCGCCCCGUCGCCACGCCGGCCUGCUGUCGCUGCCCGACAUCUCGCUGGAGGCCCUGCGGAAGAAGAAGGACAUGCUCCAGGAGCAGGUGCUCAAGACGGCCCCGGUGUUGGGUGUCAUCCAGGCUCUGUCCGGGCCCCGGCCGGCGGCCGCCUACGACAAUGCGCUGCUCAUCCGCUCGCUGCGUGGGUACCACCGCAGCUUCGGCCUGGACGACGACUCGCUAGCCAAGCUGGCCGAGCAGGUGGGCAGACAGGCAGGCGACCUGCGCUCGGUCGUCCUCUCCCCGCUGGCCGACGAGGUCUCGCCCGAGACUGUCCUGCGGCUCUACUCCCAGUCGUCCGACGGUGCCGUGCGGGUGGCCCGGGCCUUUGAGAAGGGCAUCCCCUGAUUGGAACGCUGGUGGCGGAGGGGGCGGGGGGGCACCAGCUUUGGCACCGUCUACGCCAUGCUCCGGGGCUGCCUCAACGAGAUGGCCGAGGAUGCCCAGCAGGUCCGCGUCAAGGCCUUGGAGGAGGAGGGGUCCCAGCCUGAGGUCAGCCUGCAGGCGGCUGGUGACAACAGGGUGGAAAAGCGGGAAUCCGGGGAGGGGAGCGGCGAGGAAGGCCCGCCCUCGACCUGCCCGAAGCUCGGCCUCCUCCUCAGGUACAUUCUCGACAGCUGGAAGAAGCGAGAUUUGUCGGAAGACAAAUGA